CAAUGGGAUGCAAACUCUGCUAUUUCGAAAUGCAACAUUAGAUGAUUUGCCAAAAAUCGUUGAGAUUUAUAAUUCAACAAUUGCAUCAAGAAUGGUUACUGCCGAUACCGAACCCGUAACAUUAGAAAGCAGACCUUUAUGGAUGAUAGAAGAUCAGCACUAUUCCACAGUCGGCUGGGCAAGCUUUCAAUCUUUCUACGGAAGGCCGGCUUAUGAUGCAACGGUUGAAAUAAGUAUUUAUCUCGAUCCAUUGCAAAGAGGAAAAGGCUUAGGCACACAGGUUCUUCAGCAUUGCAUCGAAUCUUCUCCCCUAUUCGAAAUUAAAACAUUGCUUGGUUUUAUAUUUGCCCAUAACGAACCAAGUCUCAGGCUGUUUAAGCAUUUUGGUUUUGAAGAAUGGGCUCAUUUUCCAAACGUAGCUUUGCUCGACGGAGUCGAAAGAAGUUUAAAGAUUGUAGGAAAACGAGUAGGU